AGUCAUCUGGCUCAAACCAUUUCGAGCCAAGCCAGUUUUGUUCAGGGCUACAGUUUGGCUUAAGCUUACUUGCUCGAGGCAGGUUUCAUUCUUUACCUCUCCGCGCUUCUCCCUUCGCGCAACCAUGGCCUUCAUGGCGAGAGCUCUCUCGCUCGCGGGCCUGUUGACUACCGUGGCAUCCGUGGAGUACAAAAGGUUACGCCACCAAACACCGGAGAUAGUUCUACAUGCGCGGAACUCGCUACAGCUGGCGAGUGGCAAGAUCCGACGGAGGAUGAGUGCAGGCAGUAUGCCGUGGGGGAGGUUACGGGCGCCACGUUUGAAGGGACAGGUGGUACAAAUGAUAAUAUUCCAUGCGGGUGCACCACCGCCGACUUCAACGACAAUAAAUACUGUUAUAAGCCAUGUGAAGCGGGAGUAGACACGACAAGCUCGGAGUAUCACCACAUUCGCAUCAAGACCGUCAGUUUGCCCACAUCUGCCGUCACUUGCGAGAGCAUGACCUGCCUUGAGAGGUUCAGGUAUUGGUGCGAGGAGAGCAAGAAGGGCUUAGGCUCCAACAAUAAUAACGUGGCGGCCGCGAGCUCUCCGAAGGACAUGCUCGUUGAAGAGUGCUCCCAGUGCACUGGCGCCGCCGACACGGACACUUGCCCAACGAAGCUUCGCUUGUACGAUGCUGCUCCGGAGGCGGAGCUGACCUCGGAGCUCGACAAGACGUCGACGUCCGUUGCGGUGUCAAUGCCGCUCGGAUUGGUGUCCGCUCUCGUCGCCAUGGGUGCGGUCGUCGGUGUCUCCCGCAGCCGCGCGUCCAACCAGCCAGUGCCCGUAGAGGACGAGCGAGAUUUGCUGCGCGAAUGAACGAGUACGCCUGCAUCUAAGGACCAGAGGACACAGAGCUCGCCGAGUCCUGCAUACUUUUCUGAGAUGGCUCCCUGCCUGACAUUCGCAAUCGCUUUGCGCCAGCUCAGCGAUCAAAGUUGCGUACAUUUCUCUCUCUCACGCUGUCUCAUACGAAA